AUGGCUCUAAAGACUUGGUCAGAUUGGUUGGAGAUCCAUGUUAACCGUUCCAGGGCUCGAUUAUUUUUCAUUAGCAUGUCGCCCACUCACCUAAGGGGCAACGAGUGGGGCAAGGCUACGGGUGAAAAUUGCUAUAAUGAAACAGAACCCAUUUUGAGAGAGGGAUACAGGGGAAGUGGAUCAACACCCAGAAUGAUGGAAAUAACAGAGGCGGCCAUCCAUGAAUUGAAAAGCAGAGGUUUAACGGUACAAAUCCUCAACAUAACUCAACUCUCGGAGUACAGAAAAGAUGGUCACCCAUCAAUUUUUAGAAGGCAAUGGGUGCCCCUAACUGAAGAGCAAUUAGCGAACCCAACAAGUUAUGCAGAUUGUGCACAUUGGUGCCUUCCUGGAGUUCCUGAUGCUUGGAAUGAGCUCUUGUAUGCCUACAUUUUCCGUUAUUGA